CCUGUGCCAUGUCUUCAUCUAACAUUAUUACCUUUUGUUAAGUAAUUACAGCAAACAAACUGCAAUGGCAGGUUGCUGUUUGAGUCUCGUUUUACUGUUUACUCUUGUGAUAGUAUCAGUUUCAAAUGGCACUUUUGAUGGGUUGGUAAAGCAUACCAUUGAGUCCACACCGUUUUGGUGUGUCGUUGUUGAUUUCGUCUUAACCGGAAAUGUCUACAAGAACGAAACAUUCCCGAGACAGAAGAUCUGCAAAAGGGCAUGUCACACCGACCCGAAAUGUAUCUCUAUAAAUUUCCAACUGAGAGGAGGGCAGUGUGAGUUUAGCAGCGCUAACCACGCUAACAGCUCUGGUGGAUUGAGUGGAAAGAGUGGGUGGAUCUACAUUUACAAUUCACGCAGGGAACAAACAUGCGCCGCAGUUGGUACAGAAAAGAUGCACGGCUAUAAAGACAGAGAUCGAAAUUGGCCCUCUGGUGUUUACGGUUUACCAACGCCUACAAGUGGUUGCCCAACUGGAGUCAUCUGGGAAACUGGUUCCCGUUAUCAAGACACGGAAGACACAUAUCCGAAUAACUACUGGUACCCAUCCACUGGUAUUCAUCUCCUUGGACCGUAUGAGGAGAACGACAUGACACAGAACUUCUGCAUGAAGACAUGUGAUCAUACGGACGAGGCUGAGGGUGACUGGCCGCAGGGGAGAUACUGUGUGUUCAAGUACGGACCAAGCUGUCCAAAAAUGAUGUCGUCUGGUUUCAUCUUUUGGGAUGACGAAGACAGCAACAACCACAAUGACAAGCAAGGCACCGUACCAUCAGGAGUGUACGACCAGGAUACCCGUAUCGACUACUGCUGCAUGACCGAUGGUGACGUAUCCCAGCCGAUCAGCUUGCCUACUCAGAAUCCUUUCUACCUGUUCCCGUAUAACUCGGAGCAGUGCCAGGCCGUCCAAUGCAUGACUGCGACUCAGGAGUAUUUUCGUUGGGACGAGCAAGACAGUCCAACAAGUAUUCCAGUCAAAUCUGGAGGAUCCCAUCCGUACCUCACAGCGAGAUCUUCGUAUGUGUCGCCAAGAGACAACAUUGUACACUACUGUUACUAUCAAGCCACCGAAUCCUUGAUUUGCAAAUAAUGAAUUUCCCCAUGUUAGUUGGGAUUUGUUGGACUGAUAUUCCUUGUAUUUAUUUGGGUGGUUUUAAUUCCGUACGCGAAAAUAUUAUUUCAUUUCAAAUCAUAUCUGCAUUCACAACAGUUCCGUCGUAUGGUUUAUUUGUAGUAUGCGCACUAUUUUGGCAUUGUAAGAUAUUUUGUAGAGGAAGACUUUUUUUGCAAAGAAUCUCGUAAGCGUUUUAUUUAACUUAAAGCAUUUCAUUUCUGAGUUACCUAUAUGAUUUGUAUGUUGUAGACGUUUGGAAUCUAAUUAACAGCAGACGUUCUGAGUAACUAAAUAUUGAUCAGUCGGUAAUUAUAAAAUCAGUUAUAUAUUGAACCAGUGCACAUUACUAACAACACCUGGCAAGUCUGCUUCCACCAAUAAGCGUCAUUAGGGUUACAAUAUUCAGACUGGAUGUCUGUUGAAUUGGUCAGGAGAUAACUUCAGUUGCUGUUAUAUAACAUCAUUUGACCCAAUUUGAAAAACACGUGUUUGUAGAGUACUCGUCUGGUGGAGUGUUGUUUUAAUGAUAGUGAAAUGUGUUUUGUAACAUUAUGGGUGUCGCACGCGUGCACCAUAAUAAUUAUGCAAACAAUCACGUGCCAAGCUAUUUAUCAUUUGACCAUUAGCCCACGGUUACUUUUGAAUAAUCAAUCAAUCAAAUCAAUCAAUCAGAUUAUUCCCCAAA